GACGUUGGUCAUGGAGCUAAAACCACUGGGUGAUGGUUUAAGGAAGAUAAUGUGCAAAGGGCUAAGGACUGUCAGUGGAAGUCAAGGGUGCAGGGGAAAUGGAUAAACAACCAGAGGUCAACUCGGACUUUGUACAUAGGACAUGGUGCCAGGGCCCUGCCGGGAAGUGCAGAUCGAAGCUGGGCUCACGAGAAAGCUGGGGGUGGGAUGUGGGGCUGGCCCAGGGCUGGGGUUAGGGAGGCAAGGGAUGGACAUGGACUUCCUGGGCCGGGCUCUGUGACUGCACAGUAGACUCUGUCCUGGGACUUGGUGGUGCUACCCUUGGCCUCCCACAGUCCUGCCACCCUGCCGCCGCCACCAUGCUGCCCCCUGGGACUGCGAUCCUCUUGAUUCUGCUUCUGACAGCUGGCUCGCUGGGCCAGAGGCCUCAGAGGCCACCCCGGCCCCCAUCCGCCAUCAGCACAAUCCAGCCCAAGGCCAAUUUUGAUGCUCAGCAGUUUGCAGGGACCUGGCUCCUUGUGGCUGUGGGCUCUGCCUGCCGUUUCCUGCAGGAGCAGGGCCACCGGGCUGAGGCCACCACACUGCACGUGGCUCCCCAGGGCACAGCCAUGGCUGUCAGCACCUUCCGAAAGCUGGAUGGGAUCUGCUGGCAGGUGCGCCAGCUGUAUGGAGACACAGGGGUCCUCGGCCGCUUCCUGCUUCAAGCCCGAGGCGCCCGAGGGGCUGUGCAUGUGGUUGUUGCUGAGACCGACUACCAGAAUUUCGCUGUCCUGUACCUGGAGCGGGCGGGGCAGCUGUCAGUGAAGCUCUACGCCCGCUCACUCCCUGUGAGCGACUCGGUCCUGAGUGGGUUUGAGCAGCGGGUCCGGGAGGCCCACCUGACUGAGGACCAGAUCUUCUACUUCCCCAAGUAUGGCUUCUGCGAGGCUGCAGACCAGUUCCACGUCCUGGAUGAAGUGAGGCGGUGAGGCUGGCCCGCAGCUCCAGUGCUGAGAAGUCAGUGCCCUGAGAGAUGCCCUGCCGGUGGGAUGCCUGCCGCCCAUCCCCCGUGAGCCCCCAGCCUCAGAUCAGGGCCCUGCCACCUGGGGCGGGGGAUAUUCUGCCGGCUGCCCCAGAGGACAGUGGGUGGAGAGGUACCUUCUUAUUAAAUGUCUCAGACCCCUC